AUGGCCGAUAAAUCAGCUGUUGUCGUUCGUACCAGAAAGGUUAUGUCAAACCGUCUUUUGAGCAGAAAACAAUUCGUUGUUGAUGUUGUUCACCCAGGUAAAGCCAACGUCUCAAAGAACGACUUGAUCACUGCUGUUGCUAAGAUCCACAAGGUCGCUGAUGCCAAGACCAUCUACGUCUUUGGUAUGAAGACUGACUUCGGUGGUGGUAAAUCCACUGGUUUUGGUUUGAUCUACGAUAACUUGGAACUCGCCAAGAAGUACGAACCAAAGUACCGUCUUGCCAGAGUUGGACUUUACACCAGACCACAAACCUCCAGAAAGCAAAGAAAGGAGAAGAAGAACAGAUUAAAGAAGGGAAAGACCUCCAAGAAAUAA